CAGAUUCACCAGGUCCAAGGCCUCCCCGACUGGGAUCCCGUCGCGCAUGCGCACCGCCCUCAGCCGGGACUUGCACCUGCUUAGAGAGUCCGCCGUUCGAUCCGGUACCCCACCUGAGCAUCGCACACCCAGCCAUGACAGCCCAUUCCUUUGCCCUCCCUGUCAUCAUCUUCACCACAUUCUGGGGCCUCAUCGGCAUCGCUGGGCCCUGGUUCGUGCCCAAAGGACCCAACCGCGGGGUGAUCAUCACCAUGCUGGUAGCUACUGCUGUCUGCUGUUACCUCUUCUGGCUCAUCGCCAUCUUGGCCCAGCUGAACCCCCUGUUUGGGCCACAACUGAAGAAUGAGACCAUCUGGUACGUGCGUUUCCUGUGGGAGUGACGCUGGGACGGACUGGCUGGCUGGCUUCUGGCCCCAGAUGUCCUGUUGUGAAUGGCCCAGCCUUGAUGUCCCUGGAGACCCUGCAUCCCCAUGGCCCCACCCAUCAGUAUGACCAUUCUGUGCUCUCCCUGCCAGCACUGUGGGAUCCAUACCCCCAGAGCCAACCCAGUUUCAGUUU